UUGUUUUAUUUUUCUUAUCCGACUGUCGGAUUUCCUAAAGGAAGCAGAGCUAGAUCAACUCUCAUCAAAAUGUUGGGCAGGUCUUUCUUUGCUGACAUGGAUAACGAUCCAUUUUUUGAGGGGCAUCGAGAACAUAUGAGAAAUAUGGAUAGAAUGUUUCAGAAUCCCUUUGGGAGCAUGUUUGGGGGCAAUCCCAUGCUGCAAGAGCCAAGAAGAGGGGGUCAGCAAAUGGCGGUUGCCCCACGUAACAACCAAGCAAUGUCUCCUUUUGGCUUUGACUUUGGCUUCAACAACAUUUUUAGUAACAUGAACAACAUGAUGGCGAAUAUGGAAAGAACAUUUGAGAGUGCCAGAAAUAACCCAAAUGCACAGGUAUUUUCCCAGUCUGCUGUAUAUUCCUAUACAAACACAGGAGGAGAGGGAAGCAGACCCAGAGUGUAUGAGGCCACAUCCUCAACCCUACAAGCCCCUGGGGGAAUAAGAGAAACCAGGAAAACUGUAAGGGAUUCAGAAAGAGGUGACAAAAUGGCCAUUGGACACCACAUAAGGGAUCGAGCUCACAUCAUUCAGAAAACUCGGCGCAGGGAUGGGGACAUUGAGGAGGAGCAAGAGCUCAUUAACCUGGAAGAAAGUGAAAAAGAGAGGUUUGAUAGAGAGUUUGAAGAGAAGAAAAGGGAAUCGAUGAGAGGUCUGGAGUAUAGACGCAGAGGUGAAAGGUCAGAAAGAAAAGCCCUCCCUGAUCCUAAUGAGAGGCGGAGCUACAGGGACCGUGAGAGAAGGGAGAGGAAUUAAGACUCCAAAUUAAAAAAAAAUGGUUUGAGAGAAUUGUGCAAGAGAUGGAUGCUACAGAAUACCUGGUGAUAACUAUUAUUUAUGUAAUAAAUUAUAACUGAAAGGAAUCUGUGAGAGGAUGGAUCUCUACAAUAUUUCAGCUGUUGUUGUACUAAAAGCAAGAACUGACUUAUUUUAAUUCAAAUUGAUUGUACUUAGGUAGUGAAUGCAACAGACAAAAGAGUUUUCACAAAGAAUCUUGCAGAUUUUUUUUGUUCAGCAUUUUUCUGUGCAAAUUGAAAUCCGUCCUUUCUAUCUCUCUGUUUGCAUACAUCAUCUUGCCAGAGGAGCUUUUUGGAUCUGGAUUAUCUCCCUUUUUAGUUGUGCAGUUUAAAUGUGUAGUCCUUUAAUAUUUAAUAUGUUACACAAUUUUAUUAUCAUUAUUUUUUUUUUUGUUAGUGGCCAGAGUUUAUCUCUAUAAAUAAGUAUUUAUAUAAUGAAUGUAUCACACACCUUUAGGUCUAAUACCUAGCAUAUACAUUGUCCAUUUACUUGUAAGUUUUUCUGUGUGUGUCACAAUGAUAUGUACCAGGUUUUUUCAGUUUUAUGUUUUAAAAUAACUGUUCAUUUUUACUUGAUCGUUUUAAUAAUUAAUUUCAACAAUGAUGCCAAAAAGGUUUCCUUAAAGUUAGUACAAAUCUUUUGUCUUUGAUUUAUGAAAUGUAUAAUGACAUAAAAGAUGUGUUGGAUAUUUAUUGAAUGAUGGAUCACAUUUAUAAAACCUAAUGAAUGUAAAAUAUAUCGUAACCUUUUCAUUAUUGAUUGAUAUAUAAAUAAUUCUUUUUCUGUAAAAUGCUUGCAAAUUUUUAAACAAAGAAAAGGGUUUCUAAUGUUUUGUACUAUAAAGAAGGAAUAUACAUUUGUACAAUGAACAUGAGAAAAAUUCAAUCAUCUUAUGGAAGGGAUGUAUAAUUUACUAUUUAACAUUCCUGUUUACUAACAUUCCUUAGAUAAUAAUGAAUUAAAUUGUGACUUGGCUUGUACAAGCUCAAACUACUAGUAUUUUUUCAUUAUUGUCAUGUUUGCAAUCAGUAGCUCAUGAUUUAAUUGUCUCUCAAAUGCUUACAUUUCUAAACGAGAUUCAGUAGCUCAAGAAGAAUUGGUAAAAACCUUUGUUCCUUUUUUCCCUAGGGUCUCUUGGUGUAUAUUUUUGAUCAGUACAAUUCAAUUAUCCAGUGAUAAUAUAAAAUCCAGUAUGCCAUACAUAUUGUUUGUAUAUUUAUUGUGUGUGUGUUUUUUUUUCAUUGAAUAAAUAGAAACAUGCAUUGAAAA